AAGGCCCCUUUCACAUGGGGCAGACCCAGGGGCAGACUGACCAUUUGGAAACUGGGGCACUGCCCAAGGGCCCGGGGUCAGUAGGGGGCCCCAUGAGAUGCCCCUGGUACCUUUUUCAUAGGCUUUUUUGAGUUUGGGCAAGGACACAGGGGCCCCAUGAUCCCCUAUUGCCCGGGGGCCCCAUGAGUUGUCAGUCCACCCCUGGGCGAACCCGUCAGCGGAUCAGCUUGCCCACAAGUGGAUGAGAGGUCCAUGUCUGCUCUGCUUAUGCAGAGC